CUGCGCCGUGGACACGAGGCGCCCAUCCGUCGGCUCUGCGUGCUGGAUAAGAGCAUCCCGACGCCCCUCCCAGGCAACCCUAGUUCUCAUUCCCCUUCUUGCGUCGUUCUCUCGCGGACGACAUACACACGCACCGCGGACGCCAUGGUCGAUCUCGUACUCAUGGCCACCAUGCUCCCCGGCGUUUGGGAUGAUGACCAGGAGCUUCAUCGCCGACAUGUACAUCGCCUACAACCUCCAGUUCGAGCUGAAGCCCUCCACAACCUCGCCAUCCAGUCGUCUUCCCCACCACGGCCACGGCGCCAUCACCGUCGAUCUCCACCACCGAUGCCUCCCCGCGGUUCCGAGCACGUCCACGACCUCCCUCGAAACGUUGGAGUCCAGGAACCAGACGCCACCGUCGACGACGACUACUACUACUCGGGAGGUGCCUACUACUACGUGCAGCCCGCUGACAACGACUAGGAGUAGUUUAGGAGGAUCCCAG